AUGGCGAACUCUCAGCUUCAGGUGCUGGCAAAGAAGGUGACGGAGUGGGUGUCCAAGCAGGAAGAUCCUGACGGCGAGCUGCUGCCAGAUGCAUCCCAGGUACCUGGUGAACUUACAGUGUUCUCAACAUUGACGAUAAACUUGAUAAUUUAUGGCCGUAAUGUAUCCUCCUCGAUUCCCGUCCAGACCGCAAAGGAGCUUCAGGCGAAGGGCCUGUUUAAAGACAAGUUCACCGCGGCUCUCCUUAACGGGGUUGAACCCGAAGAUGGUGGGGGCGUGGGCACUCCGUUCGGGAGCGAGGGCAACGGCGACUGCUUGUUGAAUUCCGUGGCGGCAUUCUUCGCCAAGGAGGGAGGUCGAGGAGUCAGAAGUGCAGUGCAGACAAUGGCGGUGAAGCUUCGACUCAGCGUCGAUGACCAUUUCGGGGCAUGGUACAACUACACGUCGGAUGUGCGGGAAAGGCUGGAGAAGAACGAGUGGCAUGUGGUGCCCGACGUCGACAACAACUGGCACGUCGGGUCGUCAAACUGCGCGCGGCUGAUGUUCCUUGCGCAGCUGCGGAGCAUAGCAAAGCCUCGGGCAUGGCUCCAACAAUUUGUCGUUCCGAUACUCGCCACAGUCGUCCAUUCUCCUCUGCGAGUGUUUCUGCCAUUCAACACCUUCAACAACGCUCAGGGAGGACCUUGGAAGCACACGCAUUUUCUACCGGCGUGGGAAACGGCGCGAAGAUCCACGCUUCACGUCGCCAUGACCAUGGGUUACAACUCCAGUUAUCAUCCGCCCUUCGACAAUGCGACUGGAUACCUAGAGUACGUGGAAAACCAGCUUCCCGAGCUUAACCACUUCGUUACCGUGUCCGACGACACCGCCAUCGUCGCGAAGGACCGCGCUGUAAGGAAAUUCAGGAUGUUGAAGAGUCAAGCCAAGGAGGCGGUCAAGGCCUCAAAGCGGCAGGUACAAGACGCUAUGCUUGGCCCAGAGCUGAACAAAUUGACGGCGGACGAGGAAGAGGACGUCCACCGGAGGCUGACGGACGCCAAUAACAGCGUGAGGGUUCGGAGCUUUUUUUCUAGGGCCGAAUCCUACUUCGAGAGGUGCGAUGCUGACUUCGAACGCAUCAUGAGCUAUCAUGUGAAUGAGGCGAGAGAAGAAGCACAGCGGAAAGCGGACGCCGCUGCCGAAGAGGCCAGGUCCCGCGAAGAGCAACAAAAAGCCCGGAGCACCAGUAACAUGGACGGCGGCAAGGACGGCGCGAGCAAGGAAACGAAGCCCGCGAACGGACAAGAGUCGAAAGGAAAACAAGAUCAGGGAAGGGGAGGGAAGAAAAAGGCUGGGAACAGAGGGAAGACUGGUGGUAAAGGGGAUGCCAAGGCGGUGAAAAAGGGUGGGGGCGGAGGAAAGACUGGUGGCAAAGGGGAUGCCACGGCGAGUGUCAAUUCCGGGAACGGGCAGGAGGCAGAAGGGAAGCAGAGCAACGGGUUUGACGGCAGCACCGCCCCCAAGGUGGGCAAGGAUAGGAAUGGAGACAAGGUUUUCAUGCGGAUUUCUUCGAUGAGCCAUGAUUUAUCAUGUCAAACAGACGUGGCGCAGAAGGGGUGCCUGGACAUCGUACUCGGCACUCGCCUUCACUAUGGUCGUUGGAAUGUGAAGCAACCAGGGUACGGAACUGCGAUGAAGGUUAACAUGGGUGUCGACCAAAAAGAAGUUGAGUCAUACGACGUGUUAGCGGACGACGCCGAGAGCAUCGUUACGAUGGUGGCGCGAUACGUGGAGGUUGAAGUCAAGUAUGCCCGAACGCAUGUUGCAUCGGGGAAAGGGUCACCUGCAGGAGAGAGAGGGAGAUCCGACAAUGAAUUGGUCUCACCUGAGAACAGUUCGAAGGAGGAGGAAAAUAUCCAGAUUCCCGUCGCAACAAACAAUGGCGGUACGUCUGCAGGAGAGAGUGUCGACAGGGGUGGCCUUCAGGAUGGUGGAGACAGGAGCAGAAACAAUGGACAUGACGACAAGCUAUGCGGGACAAGCGGGAUGGUAUCCGUGAAGAAAGAAGGGGGUCAGAGUCGCAAAAACGGAGAUAAAGGCCAAAAGGAAGGAAAGAGCGAUGAUGACGAAAGCGACAGCAGUACAGAUGUGGAGAUGGGAUCGGACAAGAAGGGUAGGCAACGUUUCAAAGCCGUAGCCGGAGGGCGAUACAAGGAAACGGGUAAUGAUGAGGAAAGCGACAGCAGUACAGACGCGGAGAUUCAAUGGGAUAAUAAGUGUAGGCAGGGUUCUAAAGCCGGAGGCGGAGGACUAUCCAGGGGGAAAAUAGAUGAUGAGGGAAGCGAAGGCGGUUCAGAUGGGGGCAAUGACCCGGGAGCGAGUACAGCGAAGGAAGCGGGGAUGGUUCGGGCAGUGACAACAGUGACGCCUCGCGGGAGAGGAGAGAAGGCGGCCAUAAGUAACGGAAGCGCAACAGACGGCGAAGAAAGGUAG